AUGAGCUGUACCCAAGGUGGUGAAAAUCAAGGUAUAAAAAAGCAUCCCGAAGCCCUGUCUAUAUCUAUCCCUCAAGACAAGAACAAGGACAAUAAUCCUCUUCCUGUUUUCCCUUCUAAGAUCCAAGUAAUCAUUCUUCGAUCAACCAAGACCAAAGCAAAAAUAUGGAAAGUUAUCAUCCAUCUAGAUACCGUAACCGGAUAUCGCUGGAUUCUCUCCGAUGCUGAGCGUGUCCAUAUUGUGUCUUUGUUGAAGACUUGGACUGAUGCCAUCACCCUCCGCGGCAAUAUCAUGGCCCAGGAGCGUCGUGUCUGCGUCUACUGCGGAAAGCACUCUGGUCUCGAUGACCUAGUCCACAAUGCUCUGGCACUGGGUUUCCACAGUGACGACUUCAUGCUUGAUGUCUUGCAGCAUGGGAGCAGCAUGAUGGGACUUUUAUCUAGAUCCCUUCCGUCCCAAGGUGAUUAA